AUGCCUUCAAUCAGCAGUGAAAGUCAAUCUCUGUUACGAGGAACAGCAUCUGAUGAAGGUAUACAACAGCGAUACGAUGGUACCGCUCAUCAUGUUUCGGUAAAGAGCAUAGAUGAAGAAUACCUGGUUGAUGGCAGUGACUGCAGUGACUGCAGCACAUCUACAGUAAACAUCCAUGAUCCAGACUAUAUCGUCAACAAUAGACUAGGCGAUGUGUCGUUGUCUAUGAUUGUGCUCUGUCUUUGUACCGGUAGUUUCUUGGCUGCGCUGGACACUUCUAUUAUUAUUACCAUUUUCAAUGAGAUUGGCACAGAAUUCAAAAGCGCGAAUCUUUCAGUUUGGAUCAUGACAUCUUACAUGUUGAGUACAUCAGCAAUCCAGCCCCUAUAUGGAAAAUUGUCAGACAUUUUUGGACGUAAAUCAACACUAGUCGCUAUUGUAUGCUUCUUUUUGUUGGGUUCAUGGCUUUGUGGCAUUGCUAAUGGCAUGGCUCAAAUGGGAAUUGCUCGAGCUAUUGCUGGAUUGGGAGGCGGAGGCAUCAUGACAAUGGCAUCUGUAGUAAUCCAUGACUUAUUACCUAUGAGACGUCGUGGCCAAUAUCAGUCAUACGUCAAUAUGGCACAGACUAUUGGUACUACAGUUGGGGCUCCUUUGGGUGGUAUCAUCAAUGACACUGUUGGAUGGCGCUACUGUUUCUACAUCAACAUCCCCUUUUGCUUGUUUCUCUUGUACGUCUACAUCUACAAAAUGGAAGACUACAACCUGGAGAGAGGUGUCAAAUCCACUGACAAUAUUCGUGAAAAGUUUGAAAAGAUUGAUUUGGUGGGUGCCGGUUUCCUACUGACUGCCAACAUUUCGUUUGUCACCGGCGCCUCUCUGGGUGGAAAUACACAUGAUUGGGACCAUCCUUUGAUUGUAAGUUUGCUGGCUUCUGCUGUCUCGUUCUUUACAUUGUUUGGUGUCUAUGAAUACAACUGGGCCAAGAAUCCACUGGUGUCUCGUACCUUGAUCAAGAAUCGCAAUACAGUUGCUGUCUGUCUCAACAACUUUUUUCUCUGCAAUUCGACUAUGGCAUUCACUUAUUUGACUCCUCAAUUCUUUAUGGGCGUCCUGGGUUACAAUGCUUCCUCUGCUGGUUUGUGGGUAUUACCUAGAACAUUCAUGGUCGCUGUUGGCUGUUGGGUAGCUGGCCGCUAUUUGGCUGUCAAGGGCAAGUACAAGUACUUUGUAAUCAUUCUGGCUGCACUUCAUGUCACUACAUCUUUUGGCAUGGCCUCAUGGAAUCCCACAUCACCCAUCUGGUUCUUGUUGAGUUGUAUGAACGUGGAGGGCUUCAUCUUUGGCUCUGUCUUUGUUGCCACAAUGGUUGCUCUUGUGGCUGAUAUUGCUCAUUCCGAUACUGCAUCAGCUACGUCCAUGAUCUUUCUGUGUCGUUCCACUGGUUGGUUAUCUGGCAGUACUAUCACUGCUGCCAUCAUGCAAUAUCAGUUUAAAAACAACCUGUACAAGCAGAUCAAGGGUCCUGAGGCUGCAGAAAUCAUCGAGUUCGUAAGAACAUCCAUCACCAAAGUGCGAACAUUAGCUCCGGAAGUGCAAGCUGUCAUUGUUGUCUCGUUGCAGAAAUCGAUCCACACUGCGUUCAAGUACGGCGUUGCUGCUUCUAUUUGUUGCUUUCUGAUCACACUGACAUUAAGAAAUUGUAAGCUAGGUAGUAAGAAAUAA